CCGUCGAAUGGUCACUCGGCACAGUCACGCAUCUCGAGAAGUGGUGGUCCCCUGCGCAAGAGCUACUCGGGCGUCUACUAUAAAAGGAGUUCCGGACCUGCUGGCGGACGUCGUGACACGACCCCACGCCUUGCCUCGGAUGACGGUGGUGAGUCGAGCGAACGCGAUUCUGUAAAGAAUGACGGAUAUCAGACGGUACGCGCUAGAAAUCGACAACGUCAUAAGUGA